AUGUCCCUACCACCAGCCUACAAACCCUCCCCCCUCUCAUACGGCUCCCCACGGACUUCCCCGUUCAAACGCCCGGAAUCCCCCGCUUCACCUUUCCGCCGCCCGGAAUCUCCUUCCCCACCUUCCCCAGCGAACCUCGCGACGACACCCACAACCUCCCCAACCAAGACCCCACAAACUCCACUCACGUCCCCUUUCAAACUACAAAAUGCCGCCACGCCACCCUCCGCCUCCGGCAGCUGGACGCCGCGCGGUCCCACUCCCUCUCUGACAACGAGAGAACCCCCGAUUUCUCCUACCCGCAGCUCCAGCACCGCUACCAUGAUAGCCGCGAAUCAAUCAUACGCUACAGGAAAGCCGAUGGUAAACGCUGACGCGUUGUCCAAACUGCCCGCUUCCCAAGUGCGCGAGAUGCGCGAGGGGUUUCAGAUUUUGGAUCGGGACAAUGAUGGGUUGGUCAAUAGGGACGAUGUGGUGGACAUGCUUACGAAUCUUGGCCAAGAUGCAUCCACAACCGCAACUUCGCAAUUCUUCCCGCCUGGGGCGCCACAAACGCUGCCUCUUCCCACAUUUCUCUCAACGCUGUCGUCUCUCCUCGCGCCAUUAUCCUCGCAGACAGAAUUGAUAAAUGCGUUGGCUGCAUUUGAUGAUCAUGACAGUGGAGAGAUAGAUGUAGGGGAGCUGAAAGAUGCGUUGUUGCACACUGCGCCUGAUCCGGGCGAGAGGGGAGUCAAUGCUAGGGAGAUAGAGGAGGUAUUAGGUGGGUUUGUGGGGAGAAAGGCUUUUGGUAAGGAGAUGAAAGGCUCCGGCGGCGGUGGUGGAAGAGGAGAGGUAUUCCGGUAUAGAGAGUGGGUUUGGGGGCUGAUGGGUGGAGAGGACAAGAAUGAUGGGGAGAAAUGA